AGCGAAUUACAAAAGCAUAAAAGAAUACUUCUGCGAACUAUUUAUUCUUUUCAGGAAUUUCAGUUUCCGUUUUUGAAUAACCGAAUUUUUUUUUCUUUCUUUUUUCUUUCUUUCUAUUCUUUAGAUCAACAAAAUACAUAUAUACAUAUAGAUGGGGUUAUUGACUAUUUUGAAGAAAAACCGACAAAAGGAAAAGGAAAUGCGGAUUCUUAUGUUGGGUCUAGAUAAUGCUGGCAAGACAACCAUCUUGAAAAGAAUCAAUGGGGAACCUAUAGAUACCAUUUCACCCACUUUGGGAUUUAAUAUUAAAACUUUAGAACAUGAUAUGUACAAGUUAAACAUUUGGGAUGUAGGAGGACAAAAGUCUAUUCGAUCUUACUGGAGGAAUUAUUUUGAACAAACGGAUGCUCUUGUAUGGGUUGUGGAUUCGGCUGAUAGAAUGCGAUUGGCUGAUUGCCGAUUAGAACUAUUGGCACUCUUACAAGAAGAAAGAUUGGCUGGGGCGACCUUACUAGUGUUUGCUAAUAAACAAGAUAUACCAGGUGCUCUUACAGAUAAAGAAAUUCAACAGGCAUUAUCAUUAGACGAUAUAUCAAGUCAUCAUUGGGCCAUUCAAAGUUGUAGUGCUGUUACAGGAGAACAUCUUCUCAAAGGUAUGGAUUGGGUGGUGAAGGAUGUAGCAUCUAGAAUAUAUAUGUUAGAUUGAUGAUGAUUAUGUAUACCAAUUUUUUUUUUUUUUGAAAAUGAUUUUAUCAAUAAACAUGAUACUACUCUUUUUUUUUUUUUU